AUGGCUACGUCCAACAGCGAAUCCGAUAAAAAUGUACAAUCCUGUAAAAAUAGUGAAAGUAUCAAAAUUAACGGUGAUGAUGGCGUGGAUCAGUGGGGCAACACGCCAUUGCACAUGGCUCUGUCAUCUAAGGUUAACUUAAUAAAAGCCGAAUCGUUGCUGAGAGGAGGAGCCGAUCCUAACGCAUCUAAUACGUAUGGAUUGACUCCUCUGCAUUUAAUGUGCCAGGUACACCUCGGUGAUGAGCAAUUUGUGAAGAAGUUUUUCAAGAUAACCGAAGAUCUAAAAAAGAAAGUGCAGAUCGACGUACUAGAUAAGUACGGUAACACUCCAUUACAUUUAGCUUUGAGUAUCGGUAAAAAGAACGAGGCUGAAUGGCUGCUGAGAAAAGGCGCGAGUCCGGAUUUAGCCAAUACAGAAGGAUUGACCCCUCUUCACAUCAUUUGCAAAAGGAAAGACGACGGCAUAUUAAAAUGUGAAAUGUUGAAGAUGUUUUUCAAGGUCAACGCCGACCUUCGACAAGAGGUGAACGUCAACGCAAAGGACAAGUGCGGCCGAACAGCGCUGCAAUUAGCCUUGGCUCGCUGCCACUGGGACUCUGCAAAUUUGCUUCUGAGGGCUAAGGCCGAUCCAAAUUUUACGAGCGAGGACCGAUCGACACCGCUGCACAUCAUUUGCAGGAACGACCGCGAGGAUUGGGGGGCGGUGCUGUUUCUCAAGACCUGCCGAGAACUCAAGCUGAAGGUAGAGAUGAACGCCCGCGACAAGUCGGGUCGGACACCUCUGCAAUGGGCCGUAGCGAGUCUCCUGCCGAAAAGCGUCCAAACGCUCUUGGAGUACGGAGCUGAUCUGUCCGACUUCGAGUUUCCUCACGAUUACUUCGGCGACCACAUUCCCAGAUAUUCCGUGUACAGAGACCGUAUGAUAUCGCACGUGAAGGGUGCGCUGUUUGUGCUUUUCCAUCUGCGACAAUGGCAAUAUCAAAUAACUCGACAGGACGCCCAGACGCUUGUGGCAUUCUUUUCCAAGAACAAAUUACUCGAGGACCAAGGGUAUGGAGAAAAUUGGUUUCGACACGAUCACCAUUGGAACGAAUUUAAAUCAAUUGUAAGCCUUUUACGACCCGAUGAGUCGCGAGACAUACUCGAACGCAUGGAAAAGUUGAGGUCUAAGAGAAAGUAG